AUGGUGUUUCGAUCCCCUAGACGAUCAUCAGCAACCUUGAGACCCAACUUUCCGCCGUCUUACAUGUCUUCCAGUCGCAAGAGUCCGCCAAUAUUUUCCUGCCCGCCAGUCGCUUUUCCGCCAACGAGCCCAGGAUUACAGCCAUACCUCGGCGCAAGGGCACGAACAUCGCUGGCAUGGCUAGCAUACCCUAUCUUGAUCCUCGGGUUGAUUCUCAUCCAGCUCAUCCUUACCCUACAAUCCGUCAAAGACGGCGUCGGCGAUGCCAAACGUGAGAUGGCAGCCGCUUGCUCUGGCAUUGAAGGCGCAGCAAGCGUCGCCGUCAGUAUUCCACAUUUUAUGGCCGACCAAACCAACGAUUUCUUGGUAGCUGGAGCCGAAAACAUCGUCCACGGACUGGCACUCGUCUUGGAUUUAUCCAUCAGGGCAAUCGAGGCCAUCAUCAUGUAUGUGAUUGACACAUAUCGGAGCUUAUACCUUUGCUUGGCCGAAUUCGUCGUCAGAGGCUCGCUAGCCUUAUUGAUUGCGGUAGCCGAAGAGGCAGAGAAAGCUUUUACCGACGCCGUUCAUGGGGUCCGAACUGCUAUUCAAUCGACGAUUGGGGCAGCGGAGUCAUUGAUAUCAGGAGCAAUCGACGAUCUAAAUAAGCUCCCUCUCGUCCAUAUAAACAAACCAGACCUCGAGGUACCUAGUUUAGACGCGCUUCAAAACUUCAAAAUGCCAACUGGCCUCAGCGAUGGAUUAUCAAAGCUGAAUGCAUCUUUGCCCACACUUGCGGAUCUGAGAGACUCGUUAGAUAAAUUAGUCACCACGCCCUUUGAAGCUUUGCGAGUGGAAGUAACAUCCAAACUCAGCAACGCCACCAUCGAUCGCAGUUUGUUGCAGGUCCCCCCUCUGAAGAAGGUUCAAAUCUGUCAAGACAUGGACACCUCUUUUAUCGACGUGAUAGGGAAGAUCAUCUCUGAAGGCAUCAAGAUACUCAUCAUAGCGAUCUUGAGUGUUAUAGUCUUGAUCACACUGUUCAACAUUGUCAAAGAGAGAUUCCUUUGGGGACGGAUGAUUGCUAGUUUACACCGCUCUCGCGAAGUUUGGCUUAACAAUAACGAAAGCAACCCUUCCACCUCAAAGCUACUAUCGUUUCUCCAAUCCAUGAAAACUCCCAUGUUAUCACGGGUCACCAAUAAGAUGUGCCAGAAGAGCAAAAACGGGAGACAUCGGACACCCUGGCUUAUUGCCUAUCUCACUUGGCCGGGCGCAUUAAUGUUCCUCGGAGCUGGUCUUCUCGGUACAAUCUUCGUUGAGAUUCAGUUGGCCUCCCUUCAUAGCGUUCGAAAUCAUGCCGUGCAGGAAGCGAAUACAGGAGUCGAUGGCUUGACGAAUUUGUUGACUGAUAAAAUAAAUCAGGAGACCGCCAACAUGAGUGCAACUUUUGCAAAUGAUACCAACUCCGUCAUCCUUCAUUUUCAAUCCGACGUCAAUGACCAUAUGCUCGGCUGGGCCGGAUCAACCACCACCACUUUAAACAACACCCUCAUUACCUUUUAUGACGGCCUAACCAAGGUUGUUCAAGACACAUUUGGGAACACCCCCCUGAAGGAUCCGGCAUUAGAGCUUUUGCAAUGCCUCAUUGGUUCGAAAGUAGCUGGGAUCGAAGCAGCUCUGACUUUCGUCCAUGACCACGCGCACGUCGAUCUGCCUACAAUCAGUCCGACAGCCCUGAUGAUCAAACCUCGCCAGACACAGGAUCUUGUCAACUCGAUUGCCUCAUCAAAUCCAGAUGGGUCCACACCCGAUCCAACGGGCGCGAAUCAAACGAUGGCCACUACUUUCGUCGACAGAUUGAUUGAUCGUUAUACCAAGGCGCUCCUCAAGCAGCGUAUUACUUACUUUGCACUCUUGGCAUGUUACGUCGUUGUUAUUAUUUUCGGAUUGGUGGGUGUUACUUGGGAUGUUUUUCAGGAAAAACGCACGCGUAGAAACAAGGAGACUCCGGCAACAUUGGACGAACAAAACACCAAAGGUGAUCCCACAGAUGACGAAUUGAGAUCCGGGAAAGCAUCAAACGACUACUUGCGUUAUCCGCCCCCGCCUCCAACAAAAUUCCCUCUUUCCUCACAUCCCUUACCGCCGCCACCACCAAGCUUUUUGGAAAUGAAUGAUGAACCACCGGAACCGCCAUUCUCGAAAUUUUCGCCCAUCACACCCGCCGCCAGUCCGACUGCAAAAUGGCCAGGGCGCCGAUCCAAAAAUUGA